AUGAAUAGUGAUUUAGCAUAUCACCGCAAUACUCCAUAUCAGUUUGCUAAUAAUAUUAACCCACUAAGUGAUCAACAUCCAAACUCCCAUUCCCACCAGCAACAGCAGUUACAGCAACAGCAGUUACAGCAACAACAGCAACAGCAACAACCACGUACUAUGACUGACUCUGUUCCUCCUACAUCAAUUGAUCCAUUAGAUACCAUCACUUCCGCUCAAGCCAAUGAUAACAACAACAACAACAACAACAAUCACUUUGAAUCAACUCCACGCACUCCUGCUCCUCCAAUAUCACCCACCAACUUUCGUCAGUCUAGUGGUGCAAUUGAUAAAACAGUACCGUCGAUACACAAAUAUUCAAGAAGAGUUUCAUUCAAUAACUUGAAUCCUGUUGACGACGGAGAUUUCUUGUACAAUCGCCCCAUUUACAACCAAGUAACAAAUAAUAAUAAUAACAGUAACAACAAGCAGUACAGUUCGUACUCAGGCCCAUCAGCAACCGCAAACUCACUUGGCUCUGAUGCAACAUCUCCUGUAGCUGCUCCAGCGCAACUUAGUUCCACCUAUAACAAUGAAAAUUACCGUUAUGGCACUUCACCUACCCGUCAAUCAUCUUUUCCCUUUUCUAGUUUACCAAAAGUGCCUAAUUUUGAUGUCAUUAGUCAAUCACCUGGCUCUGCUCACUUUUAUUCACAACAACAGCAACGGAAACGAAGAUUGAAAUUACCAAACCCGCCGGAAAAGUCCAUCUUGAAGAAUAAAGUAUCACAACAGCAAUUGGAUUACAAUUAUAAGUUUGGAGGUAAUAUCGAAGAUGCUACCAUAAAUUAUCAUCAAGAAGAAGAAGAGGAAGCUCAGGCGCAACCAGAUGCACAAGAGGACGAAGAAGAGCAAGAGGAUGAAGGGCACCGAGCACGAGCAGCAGAAGCUAGGGACGCGAAAGAUUCAGAUCAACCACCACAACGGAGGAAAUCAUAUGCUGGCAUGACGGAUGAAGAACUCUUGGCUCUAGAUCCUCAAUUUAAUAUGAAGCCCAAGACUUCCAAUUUUGAUGCAUUCAAAUUUGAUAAUCAAAAAAUUUACUACACUGAUCGAAGAUCAUCAACUUCAGGGGUGUCGGCAUUGGGUAAACUACAAGCGCAACAACAACAAUAUCCAUCUUCAAAUGAAAACAAUUACCGAUCAAUUGCUCUCACGGUACAGCAUGAUGACUACGACCAAAUUGAACUUCGAAGAACUUUAUUAACAACUAUUUCAGGAAGAAAACAUUCUUGGAAUUCACUUGAUUGGUUGUUACGGAUUGGUGACACCGUAUCGAACGAGCAACUGAUUUUACAUGACGGAGAUUAUUUAAUUGUUGCUAGUUUUAUCUCGCAAAAAUUUGUCAAGGAGUAUAAUUCCAAAAGAAGGAAACAAAGUUUUGAUGAUUAUUUGAAAGCAAAGUGUCAGAAUUUGCUCGACUAUUUUAAAUUGAGUCUUGCUCAAUUGGAUUUAUGCAUCAAGAUGACAGUUGAAUUUGUGAUUGAGAAUGGAUUGGAAACUCUGGAACAACAUGGUAAUGAAUAUGGAUCCAAAUUUAUGUUGACUAAAUUGGUGAAACAGUACCAUCCGAAUAUUUUCAUUGUUGGAAUAAAAUCAUCAAAUUUAAAUUUCAAGUACAAGAUUAAAAAGAAUAGUGAGCGAAGCUAUUUGGUCAAGUAUUCCUCAUUUAUUGUCAAACAUGCAGGUAUUCCAGUUGUAUUGGUCAGCAGCCUGUCUAAAGGAACAAUGACGGAUCAAAAGAGACAAGGUAGACAACUGCAACUGCAACUGCAAUCACAAGAGCAGCAGCAAGAACAAUCCAAGUCCCCAGUUCCGAGAAUUACAUUUAGUGAUGAUUUAGUUGCUGUUGGAUCCAAUUCAAGCUCGUCGAUUGAAUCUGUUGAAUCAUUUGCUCCUCAAACCACAUCAACCCCACCUGAUGAACAACUGGACAAUAAUGAGGGCAUCAUUAGUGAUCCAUCAAUCCUUUACAACUCAAUUGACAAGUAUCACACCUGGAUCUCAGCUAUAUCUGACAAGUCAUUUACGGAUUCAAUAAAUUACCUCCGGGCUGUCAAUACCAAGGAUGAUUCUUUGAAAAUUGAUGGCAAAAUCCAUCAAAUUUACAAAUCUCAACUGUAUGGACACCCUUCAUCGUCAUUGCAUGCAACCUCAACCAAUGGAUCCUCAACCACAAGUCGCCAUAGCUCAAUUGCAUCGGAUGGAUCUGGAUCUGGGGCUGGAGGUGGCAGUGGAAGCGGAUCAGCAGCAGGCGAUAAUGUGUACCGCGUCAAGUCAUUAAUUUCAAUUGAAGAUGAUGAAGAAGCAAAGAAGAGAAAAGAAAUGAGACGUAAGCGAAGAGCCAGUGGAUCUGCUGCUUCUGGUGGAGCUAAUGGUAGUGGUGGAAGUUCUAGUGGAUUCCUUUCAAGUAUGAAGAGUAAUGAUUCAGGUGGAUCUAGUGGUAAUGAGACUAAAGGAAAGAAAUCAUUUUGGAGGAAAAUUGGAUUCAAAAAGGGAUAG